GCGGCUCCGCGGGGAAUGCUGACCCAGGAAAGGAGGGGGCGGGGGCGGUCCACGCCCAGUCAGGGUCGGGGGCCUCGCUAGUCACAUCUCGGGUGCCCGUGACCAGAUGACUUGGGUGUGGACGGCCAGGAUCCCCCAGCCUUCCCUGGGGCAGUUUAAGGCGGGAUGGCUUAAGGAAGCGGCACUAGGACCCCCCGGACAGAGCCUCCGGGACGGCAGUAGGGGGGAAAUACCUUACAUGCCCCCGCGGUCACCUCUGAGCCAGCUGCCCAAAAUAGUCCCCGGCGCCCACAGGCCUGCCUCAUGGCGGGGAGAUGGCUGCUGUCUCCGACCCCAUGGAAUUGGGUGCGCCCUGGGGACCCGCGCGCCCCGAGCCCUCUCCCACCCGCUUCCACCGGGUACACGGUGCCAACAUCCGCGUGGACCCCUCCGGGACGCGGGCCACACGCGUGGAGAGCUUCGCUCACGGCGUGUGCUUCAGUCGCGAGCCGCUGGCCCCGGGCCAGAUAUUUCUGGUCGAGAUCGAGGAGAAAGAGCUGGGCUGGUGCGGCCACCUGCGCCUCGGCCUGACUGCCCUGGACCCCGCCGGCCUGGCGCCCGUGCCUGAGUUUUCGCUGCCCGACUUGGUCAGCCUCGGCCACACCUGGGUCUUCGCCAUCACGCGCCAUCACAACCGCGUGCCCCGGGAGGGCCGCCCGGCUGCAGAGGCAGCGGUCCCCUGCCGACCCCCAGCCCUCCUGGUGGAACCGUAUCUGUGCAUUGAGCAGUUUCGCAUUCCCCGCGACCGCUUGGUGGGCCGCAGUCGGCCCGGACUCUACAGCCACCUCUUGGACCAGCUCUAUGAGCUGAACGUGCUGCCUCCGACCGCGCGCCGUAGCCGCCUGGGCGUUCUCUUCUGCCCACGCCCGGACGGCACAGCCGACAUGCACAUCGUCAUCAACGGCGAGGACAUGGGCCCCAGCGCCCGGGGGCUGCCAGCUGCCCAGCCCCUCUACGCAGUGGUGGACGUGUUUGCCUCCACUAAGAGCGUGCGCCUGGUCCAGCUUGAGUAUGGCUUGCCAUCCCUGCAGACCCUGUGCCGCCUGGUGAUCCAGAGGAGCGUGGUGCACCGUUUGGCCAUUGAUGGGCUCCACCUGCCCAAAGGACUUAAGGAUUUCUGCAAGUAUGAGUGAAGGCCCGCAGCUGCCCUGGAGCAGGGGCCAGGGUCGCGUCCUGGCCCCGGAGCUGUGGCUGGUCUGAAGAUGGCCAUCCUGCUGUCAGCCCGAACCAGAAAUAAACAGCCGGUGCUGAUCAUUA